AUGGGGGGUUCCCUUGCUUUCGGAUCUAACGCCACCAGCCCUGGAGUUUAUAUUCCACUCCAUGCCGUUUCCAUAGCAGUGAGUAAUUUGAUGCUGAGUUGCACUUUGGUUAUCGGGGUGUUGGGGAAUGGGCUUGUCUGUGGGGUGGUUUAUACCAAUAAGUAUCUGCAGACUCCAAACAACACGCUUCUAGUCAACCUAGCGGUCAGUGAUCUCCUGAAGUGCGCUCUGGACAUCCCUUCGUUCUUGCUGACCAGCACCUGGGGCAAUAGCCAUACUGACCUAGGGGAAACCCUGUGCCUCUUGCAACCUUUCACUUACUCCCUGAGCAGCUGUGUCCAGUUGGUCACUCUGGCGGCCAUCAGUGCUGAACGUUACCAAGCCAUCGCCAAUCCGUUCCAAACAACCAAGAGGAAGAUAAGGGUCAAGGUAUGGAUCACACUCAUUUGGUCGAUGGGUUUUAUUUUAUCUUCUUUCUCCAUCAGCCUGGCUAAGGACACUCCUGUGUAUUUGAGGUGCAGACAUCGACUUGUAGACGCCCAAAGUUACUUUGACCCUUUCGCUUCCUAUAUCCUGAUGCCUGUUUGGAUUGUCAGCUUGUCUCUGAUAGUUGUCCACUACUUCAGAAUUUUUGCAUUGGUCAGACAGCACAGCAACAGGAUCUUUGACAAUGGGAUCAUGCCCACUACAUCACAACAGCACACGCUACAGCUGCCAGGGUCAGCCUGGCACAGUUUUCAACAAACAUCACCUGCCAGGGUGCCAAGUACAGGGCGGAUCCAUCAUUCGCACAUUGAGCCUAAUCCCAUUGCUCAAUUGAAGAGUGAAGCUUGUCCAGUUCAGCACCAAGUUUCUUCAAUGAAUGAUUGUGCAUCGUUUCACCCUGAGAAUGGACCACCCGAUACCCCUAACAUAGUGGGAGCCGUGUGCCUUAUAACCAGUCAGUCCAGAGAGUGCGUCAAGAAGAGGAUGGAGGCUAAACUAGCCAAACGCUUUGGUUAUAUCAUCUUGACCUUCCUGGUGUUCUGGGUGCCACUGGUUAUCGUUUUAAUGUUGAACAUGAAAGGUGAGGGGCCAUUACUUCUGGAGUUUCAGACGCUCGGAGUUGCUUUAACCUGCAUUCCUGCUGCUGUGAACCCUUUCAUUUACACUAUGCUGAAUCAACAGGUUCACUCAGAAAUCCAGCAAAUUCUCACCAGAUUACGUAGAAGCUGCUGGGGAAUUCCCUGGAGAUGCUCCCACUCGGCCAUCAACACUUCAUUGAAGUACAGCGGGAACCCCCGAUUUGCAUUCACAAACAGAGAUUCUGCCAAGCCUCCCGGCAAAGUGGCGCUCACGGACCUGAAGCGGCUCCAAAGAAUUUCCUGGCUUACCUUGCAGCAUUGUCUCUAUUCUCUCCGCACUGCCUUUUGUGACGCUUACUUGGAAAACGUACCCUCGACAUUCUGCAUACCUGCCCUGGCCCAUUCCGAGCCGCCUGAACCAAAGCCCCGGCAAGAGCUGAAAUCCGGGAUGAACUCAGUCCCGAGGUUGCCGGUUUUGAGCUACCGGGCCGGGUUUCCCAGUCUCGCCUGCCAAGGGAAUCGUCGUGAGCAGGACAGAAGAUUUGAUGGAUCAGCAAAUGGUCUGUCGACUUUGGGCAGUGGCUUCCAGCCCCAUGACCCAUGCACCAGAAAUUCCCGCCCACUGUACCUGUAUAUAUCUCCUGGAGACCAGGACUGUACCCAUACUCUACCCCAGGUGCAGCCUACCAGUGCCCUGUAG